AUGAUCGCAGCAACGAGGGCAGCGCAUACGUCAAAGCCAAGGCGCCGCCGCGGUCGGACUUGUCAACUGAAGUUGGAGGAUCUUGGACCGGUCCCGCUGGCAGCAGUCAUCUCGCUGAUCGGCAAGCGCGAUCGCCUUGCGCUCGCGGCGACCUCGUCGCUGUUACUGAGCCGGGUGCUGGAGCACUGCCCGGAAGCGUGCGAGCUGCGCGCGGAGAGUCCCGGAGUUGGCGCCGCUCUCGCGCGACACCUGUUCCGUCGCGGCUGCGCGGCGUCCGAGUCGAGGAUCGGGUGGACUGCCUGGACACCAUCGCAUGGGUGGUGGGCGUUCGUCCGCGCCGGCGCGGAUCCCUCGCUGGACGAAUCGAUCGUUCGGAUUGUGUCGCCAGCUGCGUACUCGCGCCUCGGCGCUCUCGGGACCUCUAUCUUCUUCCCUUCGACCCUCUGUAUGCCGCCCAGGAUCACCGCUGCCAUGAGGGGCCUGGAGUUUGUCGACGUGAGGGCCUGCAGAGGCUCCUGGCUCGAGACAGAUGGAGACUGGCUUCCUGCUGAGGUGCGCGGCAGCGUGAAGGAGAUCCACGCCUCGGAAAGCGGGCUCCGCAGGAUUCCAUCGAACAUGUCCGCGCUCGAAGCAGUCACGAUAUCCGACUGUGGCAGCCUCGACGAGGAGUGGCUUCCAGUCUCAUCACGCGCGUCGAUCAAGGCCUUGAUCGCCUCCAGAGCUCGCACGGGGUCGGGCGAGGCUGUCCGCUGCGUCCCAAGCGGCAUGCGGGCUCUGGAGAACCUCGAGGUCAGCGAUUGCCUGCCCGGGGAGCAUUGGCUCCCCCUCGAGUCGCGGGCGAAGCUGGAGAGUCUCGCGGUGUCCGACUCCACCAUCACAAGCAUCCCCACCGGGCUGGUCGCGCUCAAGCACCUCGACUUGGUUGCCUGCGCGAAUCUCGCGCAGGACUUCGUGCCUGAAAGUUCUCGCGAGGCGCUGACGUCUCUCCUUGUGGUUGGGUCGCCCGUCCGUCGGGUGCCACCCGACAUGCCGCACCUCGAGGUAGUCGCGUUCGCUGUCGAGGACUUGGCGGAGGACUGGCUGCCAGCAAGCUCUUCGAAACGACUGAGGCGGCUCCUGCUCGGGGGCUCCGGGCACUUCCUCCGAGCCCUGCCCCCUGGUCUCUCGCAGCUGGAGGACCUCGAGCUGGACGGGACGCUGCCCCACGGCCUCGCCAGCGGCGCGUGGCUCCCUGCAAGCUCCGCGCGACGGAUCCAGGAGCUCAAUGUGCGGGGUGUCAACGUGACCGCCAUUCCCCCAAACAUGACGGCUCUGACAAGAUUGAACGUCGAGAACUGCGUGAGACUACACCCGCACAGGUGGUUGCCGGCCAGCUCGGCAGCGGGCGUGCGCGUGCUCGACGCCUCGGGGAGUUCCAUCGCUGCGCUGCCAGACAUGCCUGAGCUGGUGAUGCUGGACUUGGGGUCAUGCCCAAACCUCACGCCCGACUUUCUGUCCGCGACCUCCGCGCGCAAGCUCCGCGCGUUGAAUGUGCGCGGGACAGGCGUGGGUUCCAUGCCAAUUGCGCGGAUGCCGAAGCUGGAAAUUCUGGUGUUCGGCAGGAAUGCACCCGGCGAGUUCGGAGGCCGAGUGCGCGACUGA